AUGGAUUCCAGUGUGCCUAGGAGACAACUGCCAAUGCCACAACCGAGCCCAGCUCAGAGCAGUCAUGUUGUAGACCAGAUGCAAGAUGCUCGUCUCCGCUCGGCCCAGGCUAUUGGCACUUCGGGUAUGGACGGUAGAGGUUCUUUCGCGAAAUCGUUACUACCGUGGACUUCCGACAGCGAGAGUCACGCCAACGCAUCCGGGGCGGCAUCUGCAGAUGCCUUUACGCAACUGAUAUCCCCGGCCAUGCCAGACAAUGCGGAGAGCAGGAUGACCUACAUGCCAAAUACAACGUCGACCGCGGACGAUGCGACUGCAACCACUGCUGCAUCUCAGCUAGAGCUGAACUUCAGUACAUCUGGUCUUCUCGAAGGCAUGAGUGCGCCAGCUCCAGCGACAAACUACUCUUAUGUCCGUGAGACACGCCCAAUGACACGCCCAGCCUCACAGACGAAUCUAUACAGCUACAGCCCUGACUCGUCGUCAAAGCGGAACUCGCUAAGCGGCGAGUCAUCGAGCGAUUGCACACUCGUCAGUGGUCAUCGCUACACACCUCUCAGCCACAGCCAAACACGGAGCUCCCCAGGAAAUCGCAGCUUGCAUCGCGAGUCGUGCCAGAAUCGAAACAUGCAGCCUGUGCAGCUCCAUCGCACCUCGAUGGGAAAUCUCAACAGCACUUACUGA